AUGUACCUUCUCCCUACCCUCAUCACGGUUCUAACUCUCCACACCUCUACCUCCACCUCCAUCAGCACUCCCCUCAUUAGCCCAACCUGCGAUAAGCUUACCUCUAUCGCUGGCCCCAAACUCGACAAAGCAUAUGACGCCUACUACAAAGUCAUCUGCAGCCAUGGGUGCAAACCGAUCGUCUCUGGGCAGUACACCACCCUUGUCAGCGAAGCUAUCCUCAAACCCUCUGUCCAAACAAUCGCGACAAACCUCGGAAUAGACAGAUCACGCAUUGAAAUCUUCCUUAGCAUAACAGAUGAAUCAAUGAAGGCCGUGGAACAACACUGUAGUGACUUAGCUACAGCGAAAGAUUAUUGUCAAGACACUGGCGCAUUCACUGCAUAUGCUGCUUGUGCAAAGGAGCACAUAACUACCGUGAUUACAAAUCAUGUAUUAGAUGUCGAAGUGUUGGUUAGUGAGGAUAUGUGUGAGAAAGAGCUGGAGUAUCUCGAAAAGAACGAGUUUUGGGAUAAGGUUUUGCCAGGUUAUGUGGACAAUUUUUGGAGGGCAACGUAG